AUGAGGCCCUCUGUAUCUCUCUAUCUUCUUGCUCUUAUCUUCCUCUUCCAAAUCUCCACCCUUUCUGCCAGUAGUACUCUCAAAAAAGUAUGUAAUUUUCUUGGGGGCGAUUAUGUUACCCCUAAGUACUGCAUCAACACUCUUAAGACCGAUCCUCGUAGUCGCUCCGCUGAUGCCCAAGGGCUAGGGGUUAUUGCAGUCCAGCUCACCACUACCAAAGCCACAGUCAUCAAGUCCAAACUUGAGGAGCUCUUAAAGAAUGCUUCCAGUCCACAUGCUGAUAAAGCCUUGGAGGCCUGCCACCAACUCUACUCGGACUUGAUCCCUUCUCUAAAAUGGGCAGCCAAUUCUAUGGCAUCAAAGCUCAAUCGUGGUGCCAAAGCUGUGCUCAAUGUCGCCAUAUCGGUGCCAGCGAGCUGCGACGAGCUAGGGGUGCAAUCAAUCAGUAAAGAUGGCAAUGCUUUCUCAAACUUGACCAACCUUGCUCGUGCCAUUGCUCGUUAUUUGGUGGCAUAG